AUGAACGGAAAAGAGACUGUUAGUUGGGAGAGAUUUGUUAAAAGUUAUUUAUGGCUGGCUAUCUUACUUUAUUGGAUUUCUGGAGUUGUGUUGAUGUGCAUAGGAGUGUCUAUUCAAGUGAAACUCCAUGAUACUUUCAUAGUGUUGAAUGAAGCUGCUUCAGGAGUUCCUGUGAUCAUAACAGUUGUUGGCAUACUUACCGUCCUUGUGUCUACGUUUGGGGCAGUUGCUCUACUAAAAGGCAAUCCUAAAAUGAUCAAGUGGUUCACAGGCAUAUUGCUAAUACUCUUGAUAAUUGAAAUCGUACUUGGUGUUGCUGCCUACGCUUACAGAGAGAAGUUACAUCAAACUUUGUUGAAAGAUGUCUUGAAGACCUUGGACAAGUAUAAUAGAGAACUGCAGAUCACCAAAGGUGUGGAUAACCUACAGACACAGUUCCAGUGCUGUGGUGUGGAGAAGUAUACUGACUGGCUAAACACAACAUUUGGAUCUCUCUCUUCAUCUGUCCCAAGGAGUUGCUGUAAAAUACCUGUGGAAAACUGUGUCACAGAUAUAAACAAAGAUACAAUAGGCAUUAAUAAGCAGGGAUGUUUUCUGAAACUUAAGAGUUGGAUUGAAGAACACAUUGCUGUAUUUAGAGGGUUUGCAGUUUUCGUUGGACUUGCACAGCUAACUGGGAUCCUGUUUUGCUACCUGCUGCUGAAAAUACUAGUCGAAAAUUAUACAAGUAUUGAAUAA